ACGCGAUUCGAGCAGACCGUCUCUACCGCUCCCGGUAACAGCAAAACUUUCUUACGCAAAUCAAUGGAUAUAACCUAACGCGAGUUUACUUAAUCAUAGUUUUACCAUCAAAUCAAUCCAUAUGGGUUAAGUGUCGUGUUGUAUGAUGUGAAUAGUUCUGUGUUUAAAACGGAAUCAUGAGUAUUCAGAAGUGUCUUUUGGAUAACUCUAGCAGGAUGAUAAAGGCGAUGUCCAACGCUAAAUCAUCCAACAAUGAAGUUAAAACGGGCGUGCAAAGUGGUUUGAAAAGAGUGGGCCUGGCGAUGCUGUCACUGUCAAUACCGAUCAUUGAUGACAAAAAGAAAAAAACGACCCGCAGUUGGAUCGAGAGUACGUUUCAAAAGCGAGAGUGUAAAUGCUUCAUUCCCAGCCCAAAAGAUGAGCAUAUUUGUUGGUGCGGUCUGAGUAAAACAGCCCAUGGCUCCUCGAUCCCCAUCGGCCCCGCUGGUGAAUCCUGGCUACCAGCACGACACACGCAGCCUUCGUCAACCGACGCCUACGGCACUGUUGAGUUUCAAGGCGGACCACAUCCUACUAAAGCUCAGUACGUCCGGCUGUCACAUGAUACAAGACCCGAGCUGAUAGUUCAGCUGCUUACUCGAGAAUGGGCUCUCGAAAGACCGAAGCUGUUGAUUACCAUCCAGGGCGGGAAGGCCAACUUCGAUCUGCAGCCCAAACUCAAAAAGGUCCUGCGGAAGGGGCUUCUCAAGGCUGCGAAGACGACUGGUGCUUGGAUCUUCACGGGAGGAACGAAUACGGGUGUGACCCGUCAAGUAGGCGACGCCCUGCAGUUGGAGAGGUCACAGCGAGCUGGUCGUGUCGUCAGCAUCGGCAUUGCACCCUGGGGUAUUGUAGAGGGCGCUAAUGAACUCAUCGGGAGGGGGAGGGACGUGCCCUACCACGCAAUAGCCUCCCCAAGAUCAAAGCUGGCCGUGCUCAACAACAGGCAUGCCUACUUCCUGCUGGUUGACAACGGAUCCAUCGGCAGAUAUGGAGCGGAGAUCGUGCUGCGACGGAAGCUCGAGAAAUACAUCGCGGCGCAGAAGUUACACCCUUACACGCAUUCGUCGACUCCGGUGGUAUGCCUGGUGAUAGAGGGAGGUACGAACACCGUGCGAGCCGUCCUGGAGUACGUCACAGAUUCUCCGCCAGUUCCGGUGGUUGUUUGUGACGGGAGCGGCAGAGCUGCGGACCUCAUUGCUUUCGUGCACAAGUAUGCGUCAGAAACUGGUGAACAAUCAGUUCUGGAGGCAAUGCGGGACUACCUCAUCAGUACCAUCCAGAAGACCUUCGAGGUUGGCUUACAGCAAGCCGAGUGCUUAUAUGGUGAACUGCUGCAAUGUACGAAAAAGAAGAAUUUGAUAACAGUAUUCCGUAUUCAAGAACGCGCAGAAGGUGGGGAAGUACAGGAACUGGACCAGGUAAUCCUGACGGCACUGUUCCGAGCACAGCAUCUGUCAGCCAGCGAGCAACUCUCCCUGGCUCUCACUUGGAACAGAGUGGAUAUUGCGCGAUCUGAAAUAUUUGUCUAUGGACAAGAGUGGCCGCCAGGAGCUCUAGAUGAAGCAAUGAUGCAAGCUCUGGAACAUGACCGCAUAGACUUCGUGAAGCUGCUGUUGGAGAACGGGGUCUCCAUGCGGAAGUUUCUGACGAUACCUCGACUUGAAGAACUCUACAACACCAAGAGUGGUCCCAGCAAUACGAUGCAAUACAUACUGAGAGAUGUAAGACCGCAUCUGCCCAGAGGCUACAUUUACACGCUGCACGACAUAGGCCUGGUCAUCAAUAAGCUCAUGGGAGGUGCUUAUAGGUGCUACUACACUCGUCGCAAGUUCCGUCCAAUUUACGCGAAAGUUAUGAACAAGAGUGUGAACGUCCAUCGCAACAGCGCUUCUUUCACUCGUCACAACAACGCGGGUGGACUCUCACUGAUCGCCGGGUUUAUGCCAGUAACAACAGAGAUGGCACUAUUUGAUUACCCCUUCAACGAACUGCUGAUGUGGGCAGUGUUAACAAAGCGACACCAGAUGGCUUUACUGAUGUGGACUCACGGGGAGGAGGCUCUGGCUAAGUCAUUGGUGGCCUGCAAGUUGUACAAAGCCAUGGCACACGAAGCGGCCGAGGAUGAUAUGGAGACAGAGGUUUAUGAGGAGCUGCGGCACUACGGCAAGGAGUUUGAGACUAAAGCAUUGGAACUGUUGGACUAUUGCUAUCGUCAAGAUGACGAUCAGGCCCAACAGCUUCUUACCUGUGAACUCCAGAACUGGUCGGGACAAACUUGCCUGAGUUUGGCUGUCGCUGCUAACCACAGAGCUCUCCUAGCUCAUCCUUGCUCGCAAAUAAUUCUGGCUGAUUUGUGGAUGGGAGGUCUACGUACACGGAAGAACACCAACCUAAAGGUCAUUCUGAGUCUCCUGUGUCCGCUGUACAUCCUACAACUGGAGUUCAAGUCCAAGGAGGAACUGCAGCUCAUGCCGCAGACUGAAGAAGAGCAUCUAGAGAACGAGAGCCUUGAAGACGACAGGAGUAACAAGGAUCCGAAUGAUGCAGAGCAGGCGUUGAUUGGCUCAGGGGAAUGCGAGACCAGAGUCGAUCAGAAUGGCAAAGUUGGUAAAAUAGGAUGGGAGGUGUCGUACAGAGAACUGCCGGAGUACCACGCACCAGAAGAUAAGCGAAUGCGCCCUCUGAGACUGCGAAAGAAGAUUUACGAGUUCUUCACGGCGCCUAUUACCAAGUUCUGGGCUGAUUCGAUUGCCUACAUAUUAUUCCUACUGAUGUUUACCUAUACAGUAUUAGUGAAGAUGGACCCGACACCAUCUUGGCCGGAGAUAUAUUCCAUAUGUUACAUUAUUACGUUCCUCUGCGAGAAGAUACGAGAAAUUGUUACGUCUGAGCCUGUUGCCAUUAGACAUAAGUUCAGCGUGUGGGCUUGGAACAUGUGGAAUACAUACGAUGCUGGUUUCAUUAUAUUCUUCCUGGUCGGUCUGACGCUUCGGUUCCGCCCAGCAUCAAUGGACGUCGGCCGGGUUAUUUACUGCGUGGAUAUUAUUUAUUGGUACUUAAGGAUAUUGAAUAUAUUGGGUGUAAAUAAGUACUUAGGUCCACUAGUCACGAUGAUGGGUAAAAUGGUUAAGAAUAUGAUUUAUUUCGUGGUGUUACUGCUUGUUGUACUGAUGUCAUUUGGAGUGGCGAGGCAAGCCAUAUUGUACCCAGAUAAAGAAGCUAGUUGGUACCUGAUAAGAGAAAUCUUCUACCAACCCUACUUCAUGUUGUACGGGGAGGUUUUUGCCCCCGACAUCGACCCUCCGUGCGGCACAAACGUCGGCGAUCAGAAAUGUGUAACAGGCCGUUGGAUUACUCCAAUUGCGAUGACAGUCUACCUUCUCGUCGCCAACAUCUUAUUGAUAAACCUCCUUAUUGCCGGCUUUAAUAAUAUCUUUAACGAAGUCAAUGAAGUCUCGCAUCAGGUAUGGAUGUUCCAAAGAUUCACAGUAGUGAUGGAAUACGAACAAAAACCAGUGCUACCACCACCAUUAAUAAUAUUUUGCCACAUUUACGCAACAUGCAAGUGGAUAACGAGGAACGUCUCACAUAAGAGGUUUCAAUACGACAAUGGCCUGAAACUUUUCUUAGAAAAAGAAGACUUGGAGAGACUUUACGACUUUGAAGAGGAAUGCGUCGAAGGCUAUUUUAGGGAACAAGAAGUUAAAUUAUCAAAUUCAUUAGAGGAGAGAGUUCGGAGCACGACGGACAGAGUGGAGAAUAUAACAACGAAAAUGGAAGAUUUAAAUCAAAAAGCUAACCUCCAAAUACAAUCAGUACAGAAUGUAGAAUUUAGGUUAAGGAAGCUGGAAGACGUGGCGGAACAGACCAUGAAAUAUUUAGCUGUGAUACACCGGUUCAUGGCAACACACCCUUCGUUGGUGAACAGAGGCUCUACCGACACCCUGGGUCCUACACCUCCAACCUUCCAGGCUGCAGCUGCCAGGUUACGGACAGCCAGCGACAGAUCCGAGGUGCUAUCGGACAGCGAAACUGGCGUGGCUCGGUUCACAGUGCGACCAGUGCAGGAAGAAGACGAGGCGUCGCAGCCUUCCGACGAUGAAAUGCCACAAUCGGGUCCUGAAGUGGUGGCUGACAAGGAACAUGAAGGAGAUUCUGAAUCAACAUCAUCAGGAGAUAAUGCGGCUGCUCCAGAUGUAACUGUUAUAAAACAGCCUGUAAUAGUGGCUCCCAUUCGCCAGCGAUCAUCAGACAGCAAUAGAACAGAGCCCAGCGAUGACAAGAAAGUGCAAUCAUCAACAGACGAUGCAUUUCUACCUGAAGUGCGUGAAAUACCUUCGGAUGGAAACAGCCUGCGUCCAAGAACUAUAUCAGCAAGUACAAGGCGAACGGCUAAUGCUCGGAGGCGAUCUGAAGGUGGAAAUGACGUAGGAAUGGGGGGACACUAUUCAGCUCAGCACUUGGCACCAAGACGACAGCACAGUCAGACACAUUCUGAGCCAGACAACUCUGCUGUCGAUGCAACAUCACUGCAUAAUUCUGUUACAGGGUGGGAGGCGACUGGCGGAGCAACAGGGAUGCCUUCGACGAGGUCACGUGUAGGAGGUGCCCCGAGAUCCUUACUGCUGGCUAUGCACGAAUAUACCAGCAUCACUGAUGAGCUCGAAACGGUUUAUGGACUGUUCUCCCCACCUCACACGCCAAGGACACCAAUCGCAACACGUCUACUGUCUCCCGCGCGUGCCGCGUCUCCCUCCCAGCGUCGACGUCACGCGAGCGAAAUGUCCAACCCAGAGUUCGCACUCUACAUGGAAAAGGAACAUCUGAGGGGAGCAGAAGAGGACGACUAUCUUAUAAUGGAGAACCUCAUACAAAGACGCCUAGAAAUGGAGUCUGUCCUGGGCAGAUACGAGGAGGAGGAGGGAGCUGCUGAAGGAGGGCAAAUGGGUGAAAUCAGCAUCAGCGUCUGCGUCAACACCAGCGCUGAUGACACAAUGCCGCAGCAAGGACCAGCAAACCCCACGACAACACUGCUCACUGUUAGCGACAGACGCUUACCGCAUCAAAGACACUCCCUCCGUCGUUCGUCGGCAAUAGACAGCCGAGAGUUGCCAUCUCCAUUACAGCCACUACUCGGUGACGACACAUGUGGGGAAGUUCUGCUUCCGGUGCCCAGGCAACCCUCAGGUGAUACGAACGCUUCAAGUGACCUAUCUCUUUCGCACAUGGUAAGUGAGAAUCUGCCGCCCAGGCCUUCAAUAGUGCUGGACUCCUCGCAACUGCCUCGACAGAGAUCGGCUGAGCAGCCACCGACACCUCAACCACCAGCACCAGCUCGCCCGGAGACUAUGUGCUAGUUUCAGAGUUAUUUAAGAUAACUUGAACGAUACUACGCGAGAUAGUAAAGCGAACAUCAGAAUAAAUAGCACAAAAUUUUAUGAACACUUUCCAUUCUAGCCCUUAAAAGGCUGCCGUAACCGUACAAAAUGAUGACCAUGCUAUGAAAGUAUCAGACAUGACAUUACAAGACAAACUGGGACUUAUCAUACAACUAAUCAUGUUUUGCAUAUGGCACGCAACUAUAUCAAUAUAGUGACAAAAAGAUCUAUUGAGGGUAGUCUCAUAAUUUUCUAUAAAAUAACAAUUUUUUCGCCUGAUAUUUUCCUAGCACUGACGUCAUAUAUAUUGUAAGGUAAGACACCCAAUUAUAGUCAAAUUUAGUCUGUAGCAAUUUGCGAAAUAGUCUAGAAUAGAAAUCUAUUAAAGGCUUGUGGAAACACAUGGUGAUGCAAGAGAGUUCCCGGUGUUGGAGACUUACCAUAAAGGGACUUACGCUUUCUAUUAAGUUCAUAAAAAAUAUAUACACGAAAUUCUCUGCUACAUAGGUAAAUAACGACAUCCAAUUAUUAUGCCUCAAAUGUGUACUUAUUUACGGGCGAACCCUCUUUACAUAGUGAAUACAAUGAAUGGAUACAUCUUACUUUCGAAUCUUAAACAUGCAUGGUUUUAGUUGAAUGUGUCUAAACACAUCGUAAACUAGUAUUAUAUAAAUCAAUACAAUUUAUCUGUUACGUCAUUUAUUUUGUUUGAAAAUUUCAAAAUUUUUAAUUUAAUUUUUAGAUUUUUUUUUAAGAUUACGGUUAAAUUGUUCUACCCGUAUAACGCCAUUGUAACGCCCCCCUGUUUAUUACGUACGGUCUACGGAUCAAACAUCAAAGUCAACAAUACAAUUUCCUCUCAUCACUAAAAUCCUUUUCAAUUGCAUAAAAAUGUAAAACAGCUUCCUUUGAACAGAAUGUUUUUAUUCAAAACAGAUAUUCAGUAAGCCCAUUGUACUUAUUAUUCAAGUUACCUCGUUUUCUGUCGAUAAAUUGGGGACAAAUAAAAUUUGCAAUAUAAUUGUUUUGCAUGAUUUGUGUGCCAGUGUUACAAUUUCUAUAUGCUAUUGCUAUUUUUAGAUCUAAUACAUUGACAAAAGUUUUGACAUAAUUUUGGCAACAUUUAUUACCAGAAUGCUUAUCACUAGAUACAUAUCGAAAAACAAAGUCCUCCGCCGCGUCUGUCUGUCUGAUCGUGAUAAGCUCCAAAACUACUGAACCGAUCUUUAUGUUGUUUACACUAUUGGAUAAUGUGGUUCUCGAAGAAGGUUUUAGUAUAUAAUUUCUAGUGGCUUUGUAUAAAUCAACGAUAUUUGUUGGAGGUCUUUUGACCUUCGGGGAGUUUUCUAUUGACAGAACUCGCUCGAUCGAGUCAGCUAGAGUAUUUUUUUUACGAAAAUAAGGGACGAGACGAGCAGGACGUUCAGCUGAUGGUAAUUGAUACGCCCUACCUAUUACAGUGCAGUGCCUCUCAGGAUUCUUGAAAAACCCAAAAUUCUGAGCGGCACUACAAUUGCGCUCGUCACCUUGAGACAUGUUAAGUCUCAUUUGCCCAGUAAUUUCAAUAGGUUCAGACCGAAACACAGUAAUGUGUUCACAUUACUGCUUCAAAUUGGUGCCUUUGUGGUACCUACCCAUAAUCUAGCCGGCUUCCUGUGCAAAGGGGCCUCCUACUGGUAAAUAUAUAUAUACAUAUAGUAUAAUAUAAAUGGAUUAUUCUAGAAAAGGGAAGUUAUUAAAAGUAGCAAGUAAAUAAAACUUAUCACUGAACUUCCUGUUUCGGAUGCAUUUUAGCAAUAAAUUUAACUGCCAGCUCUAACUUUGCCAAAGGCAACACCCACUAAGUUAAAUAGAGAAUGUCAAAAUAUCGACUUUAUAGUGAUGGGAUAGAAUUGAAUUUUGUAUUUGUAUAAUAUUAUUCGAUUUGCUAAACGACCCGAUAUUGGCGAUAGCGAUGAAAUAUUCACUUCCUUCUGUAUCUGUGAGUUAUUGAUGUUUUAUUUUAUUGAUGAGCUGGAUACCGUAACCUUUAACCAUUUUAAGAGAUUUAAAAAGUCUCAUAGAUUUCAUUUGAUAUGAAUGGGAUCAUUUUGGUUACUACACUUCUCUUUUAAUAUUAAUAGAAGGCUUCUUUGCACAGGAUGCCGGCUAGUAUUGUAACUAGCUUCUGCUGUGAAGCAGCAAUGUGUAAGCAUUAUUGUGUUUCGGAUCAGAAGAGCGCCGUAGCUAGUGAAAUUACUGGGUAAACGAGACUUAACAUCUAAUGUUUCUCAGAAUUUUUGGAUGUUUUAAGAAUCCUGAGCGCCACUGCAUUGUAAUGGGCAAGACGUAUCAAUUACCAUUAGGUUACGUCCUGCUCGUCUCGUCCAUUAUUGUCAUAAAAAAAUACGAGAGAUGAUAAACAUGUUGUUAGUUGCUUCGUACUUGGCACAGUGGUUGUAAACAUCAUCAACAAAUGUAAUGAUCCUGGAAUGUAUUACGAUCUGUCUUCUUAAGAAAUAAUAUUAUUUAAAUUUUAAUAUGUACAUUUUACGUUGUAAAAUUUAAUUAAUUCGAAAUACCCUCACUAAUAAAUUAUGAAAUAAGAUUAAUACACUUUUGAAGUUCAUUUAUUCUGCAAAUACAAAAUUUCUAUCAAGUAUUUUGCUAAUAUUAGCCGGAACUAAAAUGAAAUAGUUUUUCACCGAUAGCCUUCGUGCCGAAGGUACACUUUCAAUAAUUAUUUCUUUAUCAUGGUGCGGUGAUUUUGAGUUAGGACCCUUUAGGUCCUAAAUAAUAUUUAAUGGAUUAUCCAUUAUCAAUAGUAGGGUAACUAUGAUUGAUGUUGGUCUCUUUGAUAAAUUUCACAAGUGGAUAAUAUCUUAUUAUUGUUAAGGUGGGUAAAGAAAGGCUCCUGAGUAUGAAAUUGUAUUGUUAAAAUAAUAUUAUAACUGUUGACAGAGAAAACAAAAUGCGAACAUAACCUAUAAAAUGUGUGACAAACGUCAAAAUGAACCAUGGACAAAACAUUUUUAAGUUAUUGCAUAGCUUCUAUCGCGGGCCUUGAGCGUGGAGACCGAAUCCAGAAAUCCCGUAACGAAAAUAACCUUACUUACUAGAUCUAUAUAGAUAUUUCGCCACGGUCAUUACAGUUGCCGUGGAACAGCGGUUAUCACGUAUGCUUUUUGUGCAGAAGGUCCCAGGUUAGAGGCUGGGGUACGUCUUGAUUUUUUUUAAUUUAUUUUUUUUUAUCACGUUUUUUUAAUUUUUAUUAUUAAGAUUAGCAUUUUUAUUUAGUUUCAACUGUCCCGUUGUCUGUCUGUAAUCAAAUCUUGCAAGUAAAAUUUUACUCACUUCCCGUUUGCUUUUAUUUAAUUAAUUUUAUCAAAAAGAAAUACUGCAUAAAUAAAAUAAAUAAAUAGUUAUAAUUGCAUAAGUUGAUAAAAAAUGCUAUGCAAUAGCUUUACCGCGGCAGUCCCCGAGUGGCACACGUCUUUUUUUUCCGUGUACGACUAGGACCUUGCAUGUUUUUGCAUUGUAUUAGUAUUUUUAGAAGACGAUUACUCAGUGACUAUGCAUGUUCUUCCCUAGAACGUUUUUGCGUUCCUUUCUACCUACACUACAAAAUGGCAUUACCAGUUUAAAAAAAAUAAAAAUGUGACAUUGCAUGUUCUUUCCCUGUGCCCUUCAUAUGUAAUAGCAUUUGUACAGUAGAGUACAGUUGUAUGUAGCUAUAUAUAACGGCUGACAAUACAUAAUAUGUGAGAUGUAUAUAUAUUAAGUUAAUUACGAUUAUAAUGAGAAGAUAAGGAAAUUAAUUAGAUGUUAGCUGAUCCUUUUGUAUUCCUAAUUGAAUUUUACGAAUAUUUGUAUAUCGAUAAUAUUCCAAGUUGAAUAUGUUGGUUGGUUCCGCGAAUUAAAAGUUUGGAAUUUUACUCAAAAUAGACCUAAAACAAAGAUUUUCCCAUUUAUUUUUAUUUUAGAGUAUUGUUGGAAAUUUAGAAGCUAUGCAAUAGCCGAUAUUUAUAAAUAAAUUCAUUUAUAUUCUUUUAAUUAAGUACAUUUUUGUUUCUAUUAAUUCUAUAGCUGCAAACCUAUCCAGAACGCAGCUAAAACCAGCAUUUAGACAUUAGGAUCGGCUGACAUCCAAGUCUAUACUUAAAAUUAUCACCAUAUUUUUAUUGUUAAGGGGUAGAUAUACUGUCAAAUAUCGGCUAUUUUGAUUUAAAGAUAAAUAUAUUUGUUACAUUAAGUUCUUGUACUAAUUUAAGAAGUUAAUCUAGGUGGUCAAUAUUUGAUGCGUUUACCCUAUCUAGUAUCUAGUAAUUACUAGUUGAAGCUGUUUCCUAUUCGGCACAAUAUUGUACCGUGCUUAAUAUUUUACUUAUACAUAUCAAAUCAUAGAGCGUACUAUGGACUUUUAUCUGUACAUAAAAAAAGAAACUACUUUCUAGAAUAUUUCUCUGUUUAUAUCUUUGCUUAUACAUGCUACACUCAAAAAUGGCUAAACCGCAUAAUAUAUUUUGACAUUUGAAAUAUAUAUCAACUUGAAUAUUUUCUUAAAUUCUACCUAAGUUGAAACUACUCAUAAGUCGAUAACUGUAUGUUCAUUUUAAAGUUCCUAAUGACGGGUAGUGAACUUAUUACUUAUGCUUAGUGACCCUGAUUACUAAACUAGAGUACCCGGGUUCGAUUCCCGGUAGGUGCAAUCAUUUAUAUGCUGAAUAUGGAUGGUAUAUAUAUUUAUGUAUGUUUAAGUAAGUAUAUUGUAUUAAAUAUAUCGUUGUCUUCUACUCAUAGUACAGGCUAUGCCUAGUUUGGGGCAAGAUAAUUUGUGUAAAAGUGUGUCAAUAUCUUAAUAUAUAUAAAUUACGUGACACGUUGUUUGUCCGCGAUGGACUCCUAAACUAAUGAACGGAUUUUAAUGAGGUUUACUUCAUGGAGUGCACCUUAGUCGAACAUGAGAGUUAGGAUAGUUUUUAUUUCUAUUUGGGACCCAUAAUUAUUUUUAUUUUCAAUAUUUGUUUUGUAUGGACAUAUUUUCCAAGAGAAUUUAUUGACGCGUGGUUAGACAGUUCUGCUGAGAAACAAUUUCAUUAUAACAGCAGGGAGCGUACUUUACAAAAUAAUUCUUGAAGUUAUUAAUAUUAUUGACAAAUUCAUAAAAAAACAAUAUUUAUUUAUUAUGUACAGAACAACGUCUGUCGCGUCUGCUAAUUAUAUACAUUAUAUUACGUGCUGGUAACAGAGAUGUUGGUUAGACACAGUUUAAUUUUGGGUAGUCCUAAAGUGAUAGCUCAUUAGUGCAACCCAACAUUCGACCUACACCCCGUCCUUUGUUCGGUGACCAUUCGCUGUGAUAUCUAUAUAUUGCCAGUGAACAUUGUGUCUACAAGUGGAAUAACGUGGACCUUAAGAUGUCGAGUUUGUCAACGAGUGUGUUGCAGGUCUUUCGUAGCUGACAGGCUAGAUGAAAAAGAAAAUAGAUGCAAUAAAGAAAACGAUCGUCAAUUUUAAAAGAAUCCUGGGGGCGAUGUACCACCGAAGCGUUUUCGUGUUCGGAGUGACCAAAGCAUUUGUUGAUGAUAACGUUAAAGUCUUCCGCACAUAUGAACAGAACGAGGUUAGAGGAUGUGGUCUGGUGCUGUUUUGCUCUAAUGCCUUAAGGCACGUGUUCCACUGCCGGCGAUGAAAGAUAAGAAGUUUGGCAGAGCGAGAAACUAGAAACGAGUUAGCGAGCUUAAGCGAUCAUAGCUCCGAUAGUUUUACUUGAACUGUAGUAGACAAUGACUGCUGAGAAUUAUCGCUCAGCUUGGCGGUACCCUUGAAACCUUUGUAUUUUACCAGUGGGAGGCUAUUUCGUAU